AAAAUAAAAAUAAAAGCAAAAUUAAAGAAAGUUUUCUUUGGAAGUACCCUUCUAGGAAAACCCAAAAAAGGCAAUUCGUCUGAAGGCAAAAUACUUGCUAGGAAAAUCACUCAGCGAGCUGACCUCCUCGGGGGCCUCUGCUUCUCUGCAAUUUCUUAGUUCAUUGGGAACUUUGCCAGAGUCAAGGCCAACCACACUCCCGAGCAAACCAUUCCCAUCUCAGAACCACCUCUAGCGGCUGCUGUUGACUCCAGUGGAGUCAACCUGAGGUGUACGGCUUCCGGCACAGGUGGAUGCGCGGGAAGGCAGGAGCCGGCUGGGUGCUUACCUCUUCUGGUUCAUGGAGGCCACCUGGAGCCACUCGUUGGUGCUGGGGUUGUAGGAAUGCGCCGCGGAGAUCUCCUGGCUGGUGAUCCUGUACCCGCCCACGAUGAAGAGAGAAAGAAGAAAAGCAGAGGAGAGAAUCUACAUCUAGAGAGGCUAAAGGACAAAGGACUGAAAUGGCCUGGAAAGUGUUCAGAAUUAACACCAGCAAGUCAUCAAGUCCCAGGUGUGGGGUGCAACUGGGAAGAAACAAAAGAAAAAUCAGCGUGCAGUCAGAGAGCCGCUUCAUUUUUCUAGAGUGACCCUUCACAGAGUUCCAAGGAAGCUCUUCCUUCACAACAGCCCUGAAAUCCCAGCUGUUCUGAACCCGAUGGUCGGCUCCAGCAUCUGUCUUAUUGCCGAGUCUUCAUUCCAGGGAAAUGCGUGCGGUGGUGGUGGCAGCAGACGUGAUACUGCUCCUGAGCAUGGGGGGGACCUCAAACUCUCUUUGCUCACCCACCGUGUUUUACAGAGACUGCUGGAUCCGUCGCUUCCCAGGUCUUCUGAUUGACCUGGAGGAGUCUCAGAAGCUGGGGGCACAGUUCCUGAGGUAUUAUUCUGAAAACACGGGUCAGAAGUGCAGUCGGAACUGCUGUCUUAGGAAGGAUGUGUCCUGUAACCUGGCUGUCUUCUUCCACGAUCCUAUUCAUGACAAUGUCAACUGCCUCCAUGUUCACUGCCCAACCCUGGAGAGCUGCAUAUUGGAGCCUGGAACCAGUGCCAUUUUAUAUAACAUAACAGAUGGUAUAGAUCCUGAUUUGCUGGUUUUUGAACAAUCACUGCCCACAUAUCUAAAUACCCGUUCUUCAUCUGAUACAUGGGAGAGACUAAGGAUUCUAAAAGCUAUGUAUUUAGACAAACAACAAACCACCAUGAUAAACCAAAUGCUACCAUCAACAGAGGCUCCGUCACCAACCACACAUCAAGAUUUGUUGGCAACCACAAAUAAUACUAGGUAUUCCAAGGAAUUGACCACAGACUCUUGGGCAAGAUUCAUUGCCCCAAAUGACUCCAUUACCACAAAGAUAAAUAUGGUGUCAGCCAGUACUGACUUCAUCAACAAUCCAGAUAACAAGACAGUUUCUCCUUUCUUUGUGCCCAUAGACACAAAACUUUCUCAUAUGCCUAGUCCCUCCCAACUCAACAGCAGUAAACAAUUACUAAACAAAACCAAAGGGUACAACGGCAGAAACUAUACAUCUGAGAAUGAAGACUCAGCUCCUGAUGGGGCACCCGUGACUGGUGCAAAGACAUGGCUGGUUCCGGUGGCCCUCUGCACCCCUGUCAUCUUUCUUUGCUCUUGUGUAGUCAUCCUGGCAUCUGGAUGCUGUCGAAAGCAGUACGGCCAGUAUAAACCAGGGCAGAGAAAGUCAGGACCCAGGCAAAUUAAAAAAUGUGCCAAUCAGGAGUUCUCUUACUGAUGGAAGAUGAAAGCAUUUUAAGUUUUCAAGAGUAUGAUUUUUAGUUUUCCUAAGAUGAACAAUUUGGUUAAAAAAAAGGAAAAAAAAAAAAAAGCACAGAUGCCCAUUCAUACCAAUCUCCAAAGAAGGCCGAUGUUUGAUAACUGCUUUCUGUGAUUAUAUCCAUUUCUUGAAUAGUGUGCCCUUUGCCAAGCUUCAAAAUUCUGACCCCUGCAGUUAUUGAGCACAGUUCGUAAGCCACAGUUCUCAGUGCUGUGUGUGUAUCAACUUGUUGAAUAUUUAGAACUCUGUGAGUUUUCAGUAACCAUCAUACUGAUAUUUCACGGAUGGGGAAACAGGAGAAAAAGGGCUAAGUACAUUGCUGAAAGUCACACAGUUAGUAUGUAGCAAAGCCAGAUUUCAUAGGCAAUGUGGUUCAAAAGUCCACGCUUGAAAUCCCUGUUGGUCUACAAGUCUCCACUUUCCCAGUGAGUAUGGAAAAAAGAUUCAGGAGGAAAACACCAUAAUAUUUCUCUCCCGUUACGGUCAUAUUACUGUCACAUAUGUUAAUGAAAUCUUUUAGUGGUUUGAGCAAAGAAGCUUCUUAAUCUUUCAUAUAAUUUUCUAUGUUCAAUUGAUUAAUCUUUCUCAAUCCUAAUUUAUCCUCUUCAUUUUCUAAAACAUGCCUCUCAUGGCAUGAGAAUUAUGGCUGAGAUUUCUGAGUUUUCUGUUGAAUAAAUGUUGGUAGUUUUUGUUUAUGUUCCUUGGUUGUAGACAUUGUUUUCCCAGGGCAAAUAUUAGCUCUAGGUAUUUCAAGCUCUGUCCACUCCUUACACCAGACUCACCCCCUAGAUUUUAUACUCUGACUCUUUAAGUAUGGAAAACUGAAUUACCGUCUCUAAUGAUCUUACACUUUAUAGACCCUUAGUCUCAUCCUUAAAAAUAUUUUUUUUUGGGAGAACAGACAUUAAACAGCUAUUUGUAGUAAGUAUGUGUGUGCGUGCUCAGUUGCUCAGUUGUGUCCAUUCUUUUCAACCUCAUGGACAAUAGCCCGCCACUCCCUUCUGUCCAUGGGAUUUUCCAGGCAAGAAAAUGGGUUGGAGUGGGUUUCCAUUUCCUCCCCAUAUAUAUUUCUUAAUACACUAGUAAAAAAAAAACAAAACAAAAAACAUGCAAUUUAGAGGGAAUAUCAAGAUUUAAACUACCCUAAAAAGAUAUUUAUCUGGGAAGAUAUCUUUAAAAAUUACUUGUAUACACAUUCUUUUAAAGGGUUACUUACUUUUCUUUCAAAUAUAUACAAAUUGUCUGAAGGUUUCCCAACAAACUAGGGUUACUAAAAAAAAAAAUUUUUUUUCUUCCUUGAGGUUUCUUCAGAAUUUUAUUUGUUCCCUAAAACUGCUGUUUUUAUAAAAAAUGACCACAACUGGGGGAAAACAUACUUACUUUGUAAGAAAACAAACUCUUCCCCCUCUUCCUCAGUCUCUACCUUUGACCAUCAGAUAAACUGAGUAAAGACCCAAAAGGUUGGCCAAGAAGCAAAAACAAAUGGACCUGAAAUCACAUCAUUACUGGAAGUCAGAGGGACUGAAGAGAACUUCUGGAUAGAAUUUAAAACUUUCAAGAAACAAAGAUUUCAGGGCUUAGUCAACAACGAAGGCUAAGGCUGUUACACCCAUUUAAGAAAUAAUGAUUAUCAAAAUCUUUCUGACACUGAAAUUGGCCAAGACCUUUGGAGGGAAAAAAUCUAUAGUUAGUCCAAAUACUGUGUGAUGUAUUUACCAAUUUGGAAAGAAAAUAUGCAAAGAAAAAACUAAAGCUCCCUACAAUUAAGAAAACAGGUUUGUUCUAUUUCUUAGUUGCCUAUGUAUAUAAGCAACUUCUGAGCCACAGAAUUUAAGUUUUAAGUCAGAAGUGAUCAUAUAUCAAUAUAGCAAAAAGUGUCCCUUAGAAACCUCAUUAGAAGGAUAUUCAUUAUGUUCAUUGUGAUAUUAGAUCAAUUACUAGCUUAAAGGGCAAGAGUCUAAAUAGUGACAAAUAGCGCUGUUUAAUUACUGGUAACAAUACAAUGACUGCAGUUUUGUAGUGUUAAUCUUACAGCCCUAAGAUAUUGCCAUUAGGUGUCAAUGCCACAGCCUAAGAGUCUUCAAGUCAGUUGCUGAGUUAGUCGCACUGCAAAGGUUAAAAGGGCACAGUCUUCUAAAGACCUCCCUUACUUGUGACACCAAAUGUAAGUUUGGGGGAUGGCAAGUCGCAAAACCACUCUCAGGUCUGGUCAUUCACUACAGGAAUUUACAGAACUCAAUGAAAGCUGCUAUACUUACGGUUUAUCAUCAAAGUGCAAGUGUUAGGUGCUCAGUCCUGUCUCCUUGCGACUGUUGCCUGCCAGCUUCCUCUGUGCAUUGGAUUCUCCAGGCAAGAACGCUGGAGUGGGUUGCCAUUUCCUUCUCCAGAGGAUCUUUCCAACCCAGGGAUCAAACCCAGGUCUCCUGCGUUACAGGCAGAUUCUUUACCAUCUGAGCCACCAGGGAAGCCACAGUUUAUUAUAGGGAAAGGAUAUGGAUUAAAAUCAUCCAAGGCAAGAAGUACCUAGGAUGAAUUUUGGGAGGGUUCCACAGACAUUGUCUUCUCCCUGUGGAAGCAGGAUGCAUGCCUCUCCCAGUACCAGUGUGUGACGAUAUGUCCAAAGUACUGUCAACCAGUGAAGCUUACUGGAGCCUCAGUGUUCUACAUUUUUAUCAAGGCUCUGUUACACAGAUACACCUGACUGAUCAAUUACCUGGGCAGUUGAUCUCAGCUGCUAGGUGGACUGAUUUACUGAGAGACUCAAAGCCCCCCCAACCCUGAAACACAUGGCUGGUUUUUCCAGCAUGCUUAAGGCAAUCCAAGCCUAUGCCCCAACCAGUAAUGCUGAAGAAGCUGAAGCUGAACUGUUCUAUGAAAACCUACAGGACCUUUUAGAACUAACACCCAAAACAGACAUCCUUUUCAUUAUAGGGGACUGGAAUGCAAAAGUAGGAAUUCAAGAAACAACUAAAGUAACAGGCAAAUUUGGCCUUGGAAUACAGAAUGAAGCAGGGCAAAGGCUAAUAGAGUUUUGCCAAGAGAACGCACUGGUCAUAGCAAACACC